UAGCUAUAGAUUGACCAGACUACGCCAAGUACAGGUAUGUUCGUCAGCGUCUAAUCAUUGUCAGCUUUUUAUAUUUGAUUAUUUUGUAAAAAGAUUUGUAUGCUAAGUAUAAUGUGCGCUUCUACCCACUAUUAACAUACCCUACGAUGUAUUAAAAUGCCAUGUUUUCCUUUGAUAAAAUGUAAUCAACACCAUCCUAUCCGUGGAGACGGUUUGCAUUGAGAGUCACGAUGCAGAACAGGGAGGUUUCUAUUUAUGCGAAAUUUUAUGACAAGUAUACAAACAUAAAUAAAGAGUUGCUCAGAACCGUUGGAUUGUGGCCGCAAGAUGAGAAGAGAAAGGACUCAAUCAAGAGGCGUGGGCUGGCAAUUUCUUAUCUUCUCGUGUUACUUGGUCUGACUUUGACGCAAUUUUAUCACGUCUACCUGAUUUGGGAUAACUUCUUUGAUUGCUUGGAAAUAUUAUGUAACACGACUACGUCUUUUCUGAUAAUUCACAAGACAAUUAUAUUCAUUUGGAAUCGCGAUAUUAUACUGAACUUUGAAAGUCAGGGCAGAAGGAUGUGGAUUGCAGAAUUUCAUGAUCCAAACAAUGUUCAGAUUAUGAUUGAGGCGGCAAAGACGGCGCAAAAGCUCACUUACAUAUUCCUGAGCAUAGUUAUAUUUACGCUAACCAAUUUUUUCAUUGCUCCGGCUGUUUCUGUGUUUUAUCAAUGGAGAUCCGGAGUGCCUCCUGAAGAAUUCCACUAUGUUCUUCCGUACUUGGUCAAAUUACCUUUGGAUUUGCAUCAACCCGUACAACAUGCGAUUGGAUAUAUACCUACAACGAUAUGCUCCAUCACCUUGAUUUAUUACAUUGCUGGAAUAGAUUCAUUUUAUUGCACCUCGGUCCAACACAUAGUACUUCAUUUCAAGAUCUUGGCACGAUCUUUAACUCAGUUGCAAACGAUCAAACAUCCGAAUUGCGGUAACGCCGAAUCAGUUAUGAACCAUUUACGUUCAUGUGUAGAGAAACAUGACGCUAUUAUAAAGCACAGCGCAGUUUUGGAAAAAAUUUACAGUCCUAUCAUCUUAGGGCUCGGGGUCAUCAGUACGUUAAGUAUGUGCAUGGUGAUCUUCCAUGCGGUCGUUACACGGGGUGGGCACAAUGGAAAUAUUGCAUUAUUUGUCAUGUAUUUCUCUAUGGAAGUUUCUGAGGUACUUUUGUAUUGUUGGUUUGGGAAUACCUUAACUCUUGCGAGCUCUGAAGUCGGCUGGGCCUUGUACAAUACGGAUUGGUACUCAGCUCACCAAGAUAAAGUAGCAUUUGCUAGUUGCCUGAAGAUUAUGAUGACUCGGACCCAAAGACCCGUUAAAAUUACAGCUUAUAAGUUUGCGGAUGUAUCGCUGAAAUUGUUUACUAACAUAAUGAGCACCACAGCUUCAUAUUUUACAUUGUUAAGAACUCUAUAUCAAGGUUAAAAUAUGCAUAUGACCUCAUUCAUCUCCUUUGUAAAACCUUUAGUAUAA